AAUAGUACGAUUGACCUGUUCUUAUUUUUUAAAGCGGUUUUUAAAAUGGCGACCGGGAAGAGGUGUAUGUUUACAGUUAUUACUGCGAUUAUAACGGCUCUUAUCAUAGAAAGUCAAUGUCGACUCCAUCAUCUCGUACUUAAGGAUGACAUCCGUCAGCGGGUCCAUCUGAACACAUUCGGCUUUUAUAAAGAUGGCUAUAUGACUAUGAGCAUGAACAGCCUCAGUCUCAGCUUCACUGAUGGGAAGCCGGACAACAUUGACAGCUCCACGAUUGGUUUUAGCCUAGAUCGUGCAAGCAAUAAUGGCUUCUCCACAUAUCUGGACGAGGAUCUUGACUACUGUCCUCUGAAAAAGGAUCCAAGUAGUAAUUAUGCAGGGGUGCUUCUCUUGCUGGACUUCAAAAAUAACUUAGUGAGGAAGAAGACUUCAGCAGAGUCUGGUGUGUUUCCCAAAAUCAUACAUGUGGUCCCCAAAAACAUUGUGGUGGAGCAACAAGCUGAAAAGGGCCAAGAUCCCCAAGACAAGGGACCAGAUGAUGGAUCUGAGUCUAAAACAGGUUCUAAGUCCAAGCGAGAUGUUGAGAACAAGACAGAAGAUACCUAUCCUCUUCAGAACGAAGGCAAAAUCUACUCGUUUCAGUUUUACUUCAAUGUCACAACGGAUGAGCAGCAAGGCCUUUAUAACUUUUAUUUCUACAAUUGCUACUCUAUGCUAAUAAACCAGGACAGUUCUUUGUCAGGCAUGCUGCCUUUCAGCAUUGAUAUCAACAUCGAGGAAAAGAAUCCAGACAGCUUUCUCUCUGCAGGAGAGAUACCUUUACCUAAGCUUUACAUCUGCAUGUCCAUGUUCUUCUUUCUCAUCGGCACGCUGUGGGUUCAUGUUUUGCGUACACAUAGUUCUGAUGUUUACAAGAUUCAUUGGCUGAUGGCUGCUCUUCCAUUCACAAAGUCCCUUUCCCUUAUUUUCCAUUCAAUUGACUACUACUACAUUUCCAAUCAGGGCUUUCCCUUUGAAAGCUGGGCUGUGGCCUAUUACAUUACUCACUUACUGAAGGGGGCACUGUUGUUCAUCACUAUAGCAUUAAUAGGAACUGGCUGGGCCUUUGUCAAGCAUAUCCUCUCAGAUAAAGACAAAAAGAUCUUCAUGAUCGUCAUUCCCCUGCAGGUUCUUGCCAAUGUGGCAUACAUCAUUAUCGAGUCCACCGAGGAGGGCUCCAGUGAGUAUGGUCUGUGGAGGGAGAUCUUGUUUCUGGUAGAUCUGCUGUGCUGCGGGGCUAUUCUCUUUCCAGUUGUCUGGUCAAUAAGACAUUUACAAGAGGCAUCAGCAACAAAUGGGAAAGCUGCCAUCAAUCUGGCUCAGCUGAAACUUUUUAGGCACUAUUAUGUGAUGAUUGUAUGCUAUAUUUAUUUCACCCGCAUCAUUGCCAGUCUCAUCAAGGUCAUAGUUCCUUUCCAAUGGAAGUGGCUCUACCAGCUGCUGGAUGAACUGGCCACUCUGACCUUCUUCUUCUUGACUGGACACAAGUUCCAGCCAGCCUCCUACAACCCCUACCUACUGCUGUCGGUGGAGGACGAAGAUAUGAAGAUGGACAAUGUUGUAACUACCUCAACAGCCAUGGGAGAGGGCGUUAAGAAAGUGAAGAAACUGUCAAACGGCCCAUCAGAGGAGAGGGAGAGUAUGGCAUAAUGGAAGAAAAAAAAUUCUCUGUCGGUUCUGUGUGCCUCGGACUACUGACGUGGGAUAUUCAUGCGCAGAAUUCCCAGUGGACCUUCUCUCAUAAUCACAUGUGAAGAUACCGCAUUCCAUAUCCACAUAUAUGUCUAUCUCUGUAAAUGUGGCACAGACAGUAUGAAGAAUUCACAAUAAGGCACUCCAUGAUUUCUUUUGCCACUGUAGUUUUAAUUGACACGCUUGAUGCUGUGCUUUAUUUUUAUUUUAACUUGUGUGUGUGUGUGUGUGUGUGUGUGAGAGAGAGAGAGUGCAAAUCUUUUUUUUGAUUUGGUUUUCUUUUUUCUUUUUUUGACCUUCCUGCACAUUGCUUGAUCUUGGACACUCUGUUGCACUUUAACAGAUACACUCUCGUCAAGUGAAAGCUUAUGUGAGAUCACUGCGAUGUGCAGAAAAUAGCUUGUCAGUGUAGUUUCUUUCUGCUAUAAUUUAAAUUAAAUUAUUGUCUGCUCUGAGUUCUUAAAAUGAAUCCUUUUUAUGUAAAUAUGCAGGCCCUUAAAACAUACAUAACCCAGAUUCAUGUUACAAAAAAUAAGAUGCACAGUAUAUUCAAGCUUAGUAAGAUUUGAUGACCGCUGCUUUGUAUUUUCAAUUUUUUUUCAGUAUUUGUGAUUUAAUAAGUAUGGAUGAUGAUGGAUCUUCACGAAAUAGCUCCAGUGUGUCCAGAAACAUGUAUUUCAAAUGUAUUAAACGUAGAUUAAAAUGAUUUCAGGGAUCUUGUAAUUUAUGAUGGCUGGUGAUGCAAUGGAAGCUUUUAUUUUGAUGUUUAAUAUUUUGCUAAUUUUCAGUUAUCUUUGAGCAAGCUUUAUGAAAUUGUGUUUCAGUAUUAAAUUGUGCAUUGGUU